AUGGGUGGAAGAACAGGCUAUGAGUAUCCACACAGCUGUGACACCAACCUGAACUGUGACACCUGUCAGUGCUGUGACAGCAACCUGAACUGUGACACCUGUCAGAGCUGUGACAGCAACCUGAACUGUGACCCCUGUCAGUGCUGUGACAGCAACCUGAACUGUGACAGCAACCUGAACUGUGGCAUCUGUCAGUGCUGUGACACCAACCUGAACUGUGACAGCAACCUGAACUGUGACACCUGUCAGAGCUGUGACACCUGUGAGAGCUGUGACACCAACCUGAACUGUGACAUCUGUCAGAGCUGUGACACCAACCUGAACUGUGACAUCUGUCAGAGCUGUGACACCAACCUGAACUGUGACACCUGUCAGAGCUGUGACACCUGUCAGAGCUGUGACACCAACCUGAGCUGUGACACCAGUCAGAGCUGUAACACCAACCUGAGCUGUGACAUCUGUCAGAGCUGUGACACCAACCUGAGCUGUGACACCUGUCAGAGCUGUGACACCAACCUGAACUGUGACACCUUUCAGAGCUGUGACACCAACCUGAACUCUGACACCAACCUGAACUCUGACACCAACCUGAACUGUGACACCUGUCAGAGCUGUGACACCAACCUGAACUGUGACACCUGUCAGAGCUGUGACACCAACCUGAACUGUGACACCUGUCAGAGCUGUGACACCAACCUGAACUGUGACACCAACCUGAACUGUGACACCAACCUGAACUCUGACACCAACCUGAACUGUGACACCUGUCUGAACUGUGACACCUGUCAGAGCUGUGACACCAACCUGAACUGUGACACCUGUCAGAGCUGUGACACCAACCUGAACUGUGACACCAACCUGAACUGUGACACCAACCUGAGCUGUGACACCUGUCAGAGCUGUGACACCAACCUGGGAUGUGACACCAGUCAGUGCUGUGACACCAACCUGAGCUGUGACAUCUGUCAGAGCUGUGACACCAACCUGAGCUGUGACACCAGUCAGAGCUGUGACACAACCUGA